AUGGUCCAAUCUAUACGUCUCGAGCUUGCUGACGAUAUUCAGGAUAAAAUAAAUAAAAUAUCUGAAGAAGCCGUCGUCGGCUCGAAAGUAUAUGUGCUCUUUUUUGGAACGGAGCUUCCAUCUACGGGACAGUCCUGGUGUCCAGACUGCUAUGAGGCCGAUCCACACAUUCGCAAUGCGUUUGACAAGCACGCACCAAGUGCGAUAUUGAUUGAAGCACCCGUUGGCACAAGAGAACAGUUAAGUUCAGAAAUUUCCAUAAAAAACUAG